AUGGGACGUCCCAAAAAGAAUUUUUGGGACGUCCCAUUCAGCCAAAUGAACGAUCUACCUAAUAUUAAAAUGAGGCAAUGUAAUGAAGAAACUUUUUCAUUUGGUCUAUCGACUCUUCCUUGUCACAUAAGAUUCAUGGAAUGCAUUCUUCGCAUAGCGUAUCGAAUGGAUAUUAAAAAAUGGCAAGUGCGCGAGACCGAAGAGAAAGAGUCAUUAUCAACAAGAAAGAAAAAUAUUAUUAAUACAUUUAGAACCGAAACUGGUUUACUUCUGGAUACUCCCAAGCAAGGUGGUGGAAACACCAACGACAAGCGUCUUACUUCGAAGGGUGGUUUAGAGCGGCACGGAAGAACGAGCAAAUCUCAUCGAUAUAAGAUUUGUAACAAAGAAUUUAAAGUGAAAUACGGAUUGACAUCUCACGAAGUAACUCAUAGUGACCAUCGACCUUUCCAAUGCGAUAUUUGUAAUAAGCGUUUUAAAAGGAAAGGCGAGUUAAAAAUACAUUACGAAAUUUACAGUAAUGGACAAUACAUUCAACGAUAUAACAGCGUUUCCGAUAGGAGAAAUUCUCAAGGAACACUACAUAAUUUAGGCUCAUCUUCGGAGUUCGUUGCUCUUGAAUGUAAUUUGCCCGAAAGUGAUAAACCUCCUCCGUAUGACCACCCACCCUCUUACGCUACAGUAGCUUUCGAUGAGUUAAAACACGGGCAAGAUGAAAAAU